GCAAAUAAAUUGUCGAAUGAGGGCAACGAGAAAUUGUGACAAUAACAACUAAAGUAAAUAAACAAAAAGUUAAAGUAAACUGAAACUGAAUAAAUAUCAACAUAGAAUCUGAUUGAAUACGACAAAUACACUCACACGUUAUACAAUUAAACAAACACAUACCCACGAACACACGAACACAACAGUCCACAUUUGGCUAGAGAAAAUCCUUAUUCGGUUAAGGGUCAAAGGGAACCACUAUACCACUGAAUACCAGCACCACCACCACCAUCCACCUACAAUCCCACUAGCUCAUCCAGCAGUCGCCACAACCAAUCUAAAUCCAAUCCCAAUAUCAACAUGAAUUUAAUGUUUCGUAAGAAUUUUCGCGAGGGCGCCAGCAAAUCGGGCGGCGGCGGUGGCAAACUUCAAUCCAAGGCGAAUCGAACGAAACGUUCGAGGGAUAUGGGUCUUGUGCAGCAGCCGGAGGAGAAUUUCCAUUAUCGUACCCAUCUCUUCUUCUCACCCAACCGACCGGGCUAUGAUGUGGGCGAAGAACGAUGUAGCGCUCUCUCGGGCAUACCGAGUACCCCCCUCUCGACCACACCGGCCACCACAUUCUCACUGCCAUCCUCCGUGCCGUAUGAAGUGGAUGCACCGCAGCCGUUAGUCGAUCGCAAGCCCUCCGUAUCGUUAAUGCGCUGGAAUAGUAAUGGGAGUAGUGCGAAUAACAGUCUAAUACGAUUGCAGCAGCAGCAGCAGCCGACUCACCAGCAACAGCAACAACAUGUUGCCAAUUUCCAGCAGCAGCAGCAGCAAUACCAAUAUCAAUACCAACAACAACAACAAACCCAACUGCAACAAGAGCAACAGCACAGUGCAACAACAACAUUGCUAACAGCCGCAGCGGCAGCCACGCGGCAAGUGAACUUUGGUGGUGGUGGCAACGCUGGAGUAACGCGAGCGGAACCCAUUUCAUUGGCCACAUUGGAUCGUGAUUGUUUCAUCAUACCGGUACAUAGUGUAGAUCGUUUUCUACCUGCUGGCAUACCGUUGCCAGCCUUAAAUGCUGAGGGCAAGGCCACUAGUCCAUUGAGUGUUUUGGAGGUAUCCGAUCCCAAAUUAUGCAUUCUGGUGCAUUUAAUGAGUCCCUUGGAGGCCAUAGAUCCAGUUAUGGAAUCACCUCUCUCACAUCCUUUACUCAAACAACGGUCCAUUGCCGCUGAGCUAUUGACGGAAGUGCAACAGGCCAACACUGCAGUGGGUGGCAUGCUCUUGGCCAACAUGGAGAAGAGUUCGGAGUUCCCUUUCAUUUCGUAUUAUCUGAUCAAUACCAUGCAAACGGAUCCCUCGAAUUUCUAUGCCGGCCUACGUGUCUCAUCGUUGUCCAAAUUUGAGCCCAAGGCCUUAAAAUAUACUGCCGCCCAUACAUUGGAUUUGUAUAGCGAAGUGGCUGCCAUUUGUCGACCACCUUUGGUCUUGCCCUCCAACGAGUCCGGCAGCUUUAAAAAAUCACAAACAGCGGCCACCGGCUAUAUUAUUAGUGUGUUCAAGGUCUUCGAAGGCGACGAUGGUGAACGUUUCGAAAAGAAUUGGCUCUAUUGGACGGGUGCCCGCAUGUUGUACAGAUAUCUGCCACGGGCAGCAGGCUUGCGUCGCAUUGCCUUGCACAAGAGCACAUCCCAGAAGGGUGACAAGAUGUAUCUGUUGGUGUGCGAGUGUGCCGACCUCUUGAAGGAUAUCUCAUUGGCUGCCUUCCUAAUACCGGCGCUUAGGGCACGUCUGUGUGGUUAUACGGGACUAUAUCGCCCCAUUCAGGCAUUCUGAAAACAAUUGGUGGCUUAUUUAAAACAACAUUCGUAUAUCGCUACGGAUAUCUGCAGAUAAUUGUAACAAUGAACAAUUAUUUUGCACACAAAACUGCAUACAUACAGAAAUGAAAU